UCAAAAUUCUUAAUUUUUUUUUCAGAUUUGUCCAUGAUUACUGGAUGAUGCUAUUAUGUAAAUCGGCUUGCAGACAUAAAUCGCAGAUACGAGUCGUACGAGAAAAACACGAAGGACAACCUGUUUGCACUCAAUCAAUAAUGAGAAUCGGAAAUGGUCACUGAGAGAGAGAGAGAGAGAGAGACCACUGACCACCACUGACCUUGAGUGAUGUUCCCACUCAAAUGAAAAAAAUGUUGAAUUCCCAAGCUGAUAUACAAGUGAAAGGAUCAUCGAAUAAACAUGCUAUAAUAUCUUAUCUCUUUUAAAUUCAUCGCCAUUCUCUAUUAAAGGGAUUGCAGUGUCACAGUUUCAAUUUUCCACUCUGUUUUUCAAUUUAAUAAAAUCUCAAAUUUCUUGGUGUAUAUAUUACAUGAAUCUUCUUCAAUCAUUAUACUAUAUAAUUUUAAUUUACCAACAAUGAGAUUAAACUUUUUCUUGUACAUGUAGACAACUAUUUCAUAAAAAUCUCUGAAUCAAAAGUACACAGGACUUUUGAUUAGACGACAAUUCUAAUUGAAAUUAUCACAUUCUCAAUUAAGUACUGAACCAGCAAGCUUCCAGUUAUGUUGUAAACUUCCCUCUUCCACUCUACAGGUGGUUUGUUAAAAGCAUAAUACGAUAGAUAAAAAUAGAGUUGCUUCCCACAUCAUUGCCACGAUACUCUGGUGGCAAAGAAUAAGGAAAAUAAACUUGUCCGAUUCUAGAGAUGUUUCGAUUCACCAAUCAGAAUGAAAAUAUUAAAGGAUUUCUUUGUCCUGAGGUGUUCACGAUUUAAAAUCCAUAUUAGACUGACACUGAAGAUUUAAAAUGUGAUCAAUCAGAAAAGAAACUUUAGUUCCUUUUAUUCUGAUUAGUCAAAUUCCAUUUUUCAAUCUUCAAUGUGUCUGGAGUGAGUUUUUGUGUUAGGUGUCUGUAUUUUGUAUCUGUGAUGAAAGAAAGAACAUUAUUCGGAAACCCCCUACUUACGAUCAAGCACGUGUUUAUACUUGUUAUAUAUAUAUAACACGAUUUUCAAAUUUCAAGUUCAAAUAAAGGAAAUUUUUAUUAUUGACGUAACAUCGUGUGUAAUAUUAAUAAUGUUGGCGAUUAUAGAAUAUCUCAUUAAACAGCGGAUGCAUGAACCAUCUCAAUUUGGUGUAGUUAAGAAUAACGAAACUGUAAUUGUUAACGAGAAGUUUCGAGAAGUUUUAAAAUUAUCGUUUGAAGUAAAAGCUUUUCGUGAAAUAAAUCAACUUCCUAAAAAGAAAAAGAAAAAUAUUAAAAAGACAGAAGUUAAGAUGGAUAACUUGUUUGAAAAUUUAACCAGUUCAACAGACACAACAUUCGAUGAUAUUAUAGUUCUUGCAAUAGCUUAUAUGAAUGUGGGUCUAAUGUAUGUUGCUUGUACAGAAGAGACACAAUUAUGUGUUAGUAAGAAUUAUUUCAUGAAAUGUAACGAGCUGUUAAAAGGAAAAGAGCUGGAGCGGAAAGCUAUUUUGACUGCUAUAAGAGUACGUCAUGAAUUAAGGUUGGUUUUUAAUAAAUUAAAGAAAACAGAGGAAUCUGAUCUAUUCUUAGAUCAAGCAUUGGAACUCUAUUUAAAAUACACAAAGGAAGAAAAUAAGUAUCCGGAUCCUAUUAAUGUACCAACCAUUCUUGGUAUUGAAGAUGAAGAAAAUUUUCUGCUUUCACUAGAGCAACUUCAUUUAAUGACUGUAGAUUAUUUAGUAAACCAAUAUCAUAAAUCGCCUGGAAAUAAGGAGAAAUUGAUUAUAUAUAUACAUACUUUAUUGAACAAACAACUAUUUGAAGCAUUGCAGUUUUUAGAUAUAGAGUGUUAUUAUUGGGCUUUAGCAUCAUGUGAUAUAACCCAGUACUUCAUAUUAAAGCAUCGUUUCACUGAAGCAAAACAUCAUCUUGCUGCAGCUGAUUAUAUGAUGGAAAGACUUUAUAAAGACAAAUUGAUAGAGGCCAAGACUCGUUCGGAAUCUCUAUAUACUUCAAUGCUUAGUAAAUAUCAACAUGCUCGAGCUACUAUUGCUAGAUACUGGAGUUUCUAUGGAAUUACGCUUUUACGUUCAUCAAAAGAAAGAUUAUGUCGAAUAAAUAAUAAAUGUUGCAAAAUAGAUGGAAGAUUAGAAUCCCUUACAAAUUCGAAGAAGGAAUCUGAGAAUCUUUUAUUAUUUCCUGACUUAGAAAAAGAUCUAGAAUGUAUUACUAGUAAGAUUCCAGAUACAUAUGUGUUAAAUCUUGAUGAAGCUAAAGUAGUUUUUGUGAGUGUUUUGAGAUGGCUUGAUACAGCAAGAUCAUAUUUUACCAUAGAAAAGCAGAUGAUACAACAUGGAAGAAUAAUAAUAGAAAUUUCCAAAGCGUACAAAUAUUUUGCAUAUUAUGAACAAUGCAAAUUCAAACAGAUAAAACUAUAUAAACUACAAGUAGAAAUUUUGGAGAAUGCUAUUAAGCAAUUACAUCUACAUGCUAAAACAAAUGAAGAACAGGAAAUUUGCAAACAUAUUCACUUUGAUUUAGGAAUCGCUUAUUCUGCUUUUUUGGAUAUAAAGUGUGAGAAAAUGCAUGACAAUACAGCUCUAAACUUUGAAGAUCUAAAUACAGAAGUUAAGCAAAUAGUUGAAAAUGCUGUAACACAAUUUAAAUCAUAUUUAAAUCAUUAGAUUAAAUCAUAUUUUAAAACAUA